AAAAAAAGAAAAAAAAAGGCUUUACAAAAAACAAUUAUAUUCUUAGAACGAAAGAUGUUUUCCGAAGUGUUUUGUAACUUUUUUUAGAACGACAAAUCCAAACCAUGGCUGACGAAAAGAAGAAAAGGAAUAAGAAGAAGAAGCGUGGCGAUGGCAAGAAGAAGAUGACCACUGAGCAAGCAGAGGCAACUAGGUCGGUUAGGGAUUGGUUCUUCGUAGGUUCUUCAUCUUCACCCCUCUCCUCUUCCUCUUCUCGUGAUGACUUCGCCGUCAAGAUUAAUAGUGGCUCUUUGAGAUGCGGAGAGAAAUUGGUCUUCGAGCUUCACUCUCAUUCAAAUCGAAGCGAUGGGUUUCUAUCGCCUACAAAGCUCGUUGAGAAGGCUCAUAACAAUGGGGUGAAAGUUCUUUCUCUAACGGAUCAUGAUACGAUGGCUGGUAUCCCGGAAGCAGUAGAAGUAGGACGUAGAUUCGGUAUCAAGAUCAUUCCAGGUGUUGAGAUCAGCACAUUAUUCUGUUCCAGAGAGUCUGGUUCUGAAGAACCAGUGCAUAUACUUGCAUACUAUGGCACUUCCGGUCCUGCAAUGUAUGAUGAAUUCGAAGAUUUCCUGGCGAAGAUAAGGGAUGGGCGUUUUGUUCGUGGGAGAGAAAUGGUAUCGAAACUGAAUAAGCUGAAGAUACCUCUUAAAUGGGAACAUGUUACCAGGAUUGCAGGCAAGGAUGUUGCUCCAGGUAGGAUGCACAUAGCCCGAGCGCUUCUUGAAGCAGGAUACGUGGAGAAUUUGAGACAAGCUUUCACUAAAUAUCUUUAUGAUGGUGGACCUGCUUAUUCCACAGGGAGUGAGCCUAUGUCCGAGGAAGCAGUAAAACUUAUAUGCAAAACCGGCGGUGUAGCUGUUCUUGCACAUCCGUGGGCGUUGAAGGAUCAUGUCAGUGUUAUUAGGAGGUUGAAAGAUGCUGGCCUUCAUGGGGUCGAAGUUUAUAGGAGCGACGGCAAGCUAGAAGUGUUUAGUGUGUUGGCCGAUACGUACAGUCUACUGAAACUAGGAGGAUCAGAUUAUCAUGGAAAAGGCGGACGCAACGAAUCGGAAUUAGGGAGUGUAAACCUUCCUGUGACAGCAUUGCAUGAUUUCCUGAAGGUUGGGCGUCCUAUAUGGUGCGAGGCCGUUAAAGCAACUAUGAGAGCUUUACUUGACCAACCAUCUGAUUCAAACCUCUAUAAUAUCGUAAGGUUCGAUAGGACAAGGAUUUUGAAAUGUAGCUUGGCUUGGUCCUGCGGUAAAGAGUUGAUGGACAGAUGUUUAGAGAUUUGGUUGACACAUGAUGAGAGAGAAAGCGAUGAGUUUGAGGCUCUCAGAUUGAAACUUUCAGGUGUAUCGAUCACCUCAAAGGGAUCAUGUGUCACAGUUGGUCCUUGAUAUUUUGCGAGGUCUCUUUGUACCACUCAUUUCCUAGCACCUUCUGCUAUUACUCACAAGUGUGUAUAUGUCGUCGAUGCUAUUCUUACGCGAAUAUUAGAAAUUAAUCAAUUAUAGAACCCCAUGGAAUCCCACCUGGAGAAGUCCAUUUAAGAAA